UCCACAUAUUUAUCCGAAGUCUGAAUGAUUUCAUUUCCCUCCCUCGCUGCCUCCUCUCGUCGUCUUCUUUUUUUCUGCUUUCUCUUUCCCCUUUCUCGUUGCCGCCUUCCCUCGACCCCACUCUCCGACUUCCAUUUCCCCGUCAGAGCCCUCAGAUCUCCGAUUCCAACCUCUCGUCUUCGAUCUGGUAACUCAUCGGUUGGUUGCCAUCUCGCCGCCGCCGCCUCUGAAUACGAGGCAGAACUAGGGUUUUGAGCCCUCAGAUCUCCUGCGGUCGGCGAUUGUCUAGGUUGAUGACCGGUGGGGAGGCGACUGGGAACCGAUCGGGACUGGAGCUGGGGCUCAUCUUCCAGCCGCCAACGCAGAAAUUGGCGUUUGCCUCAUCGAGGCCUCCGUUUUCCUCUCUGGAAGAGUACCACAGGUUCGAUGGGCUGCGGGGGGCAGCGGAUGAGAUGGUCGAUGCGCUGGUGAUUAAGACUCCCUUGAAGCCAAAAUUUGUACCCGAAGAUAACGGAAUGAUAGAGGUAAGUGAAUGGGCAACCAGCCCUAGAUAUGCUGGAGGUACUAGUUCUUUACUCACACCAGUAUCUCAGAAAGCAAGGAAGGCAUACAGUAAGUCUAAGGUUGUGAAGCACAACAAGACAGUCAUGCUAACUCCUGCAUCAAAUGUUGGCUCACCGUCAAGUGAUAGUCUUACUCCAAUUAGUUCUUGUCGUUAUGAUAGCUCCCUAGGUCUUUUGACGAAAAAGUUUAUCAAUUUGCUUAAACAUGCACAAGAUGGUGUCCUUGAUUUGAACAAAGCUGCAGAAAUAUUGAAGGUACAAAAGAGGAGGAUUUAUGAUAUCACUAAUGUUCUUGAAGGCAUUGGGCUUAUAGAAAAAAAAAUUAAAAACAGAAUUCGCUGGAAAGGAGUGGAUGACUUGGCUCCUGUUGUGGUUGAUGGUGAUGCUUCAAUUUUACAGGCUGAAAUUGAGAAAUUUACAUUGGAGGAGUGCAAAUUAGAUGAUCUUAUCAGCCAAAUGCGAGAAAGAUUGAGGGAGCUUACUGAAGAAGAAAGUAAUCAGAAAUGGCUUUUUGUCACAGAAGACGAUAUCAAAGGCCUUCCAUGCUUUCAGAAUGAGACCUUAAUAGCAAUUAAAGCACCUCAUGGCACUACCCUAGAAGUUCCAGACCCCGAUGAGGCUGGAGAAUAUCUCCAGAGGAGAUACAGAAUUGUUCUAAGAAGCACAAUGGGUCCCAUAGAUGUUUAUCUUGUUAGUCAAUUUGAAGAGAAGUUUGAGGAGAUGGGUGGUGUGGAGACACCUCCAAAGCUUCCUCCAUCAAAUUCUUGUUCUGUUGACUGCUCUACUGCACCUUGUGUUCCACAAGAGAGCAGAGGAAAUGGGAUGGAAUUUGAUACUCAACAAAAUGAGAGGAUAUGGUCUGACGUGAACUUUUCACAUGAUUUUAGUGGUGGUAUGAUGAAGAUUGUUCCUUCAGAGAUAGAUACUGAAGCUGAUUAUUGGCUCCUAUCAGAGGCUGAUGUUAGCAUCACAGACAUGUGGAAGACAGCACCAGAGGUUCAAUGGGACAGCAUGGGUAGAUUUAACACAGACGACUUUAUUACAGAUGGUGACACCGCCCCUAGAUCUCCAAUUCCUUCCUCUGGAGUUGGAAUCAAAAUCCCUGCUGAUGCAAAUUCCUCACAGAGAUGAGUGCAAGAACCAAGAUUUUCAUUUUGGUUUGAGCCUUUCAGAUUCAUUAAGCACAUCCUACAGAAUGCAGAAUGCUUCUUGCGUGAGCAAUCAAGUUCGUCAAGCACAUAGUCCUCAUAAAUGCUAAAAUGAAAAUGGCCGUAGUUGCAUUGGUUGGCAUAUCAUACAGGUUGGUCUAUGCAUCCAUCUGUUGGCUAUCGAGCGACUUAGUAAUGUAGUCUCCAACUGUCUAGCUGAAUGAGUUGUGCCAUGGAAAUAGACUAUGCUUCUAAGUUAUGCAUAUUGUAUCUGAUACCUUUGUGUACUUGGGAUUAUGUAUCUCUUCUCAUGAACGAUAAGGUUGGAUAGAAAGCUUUUUGUA